GACACUGAAAUGGUUGGCUUAAUAUUUUUACUGCUGCUGUCUGGAUUAGUUCACGGUGAUAAUUUCAGUGAGAAUGAUAUGCAGGAUUUGCUUGAUGUAGAGCGAAUGUUGUUGCUUAAUUUUGAGAAUUAUGCCAAGGAGUUGCAAGCCAGACUGUAUAUUAUCAAGGGCGCAUUAUCAAAGUAUAGUGAAUUCGUUAAGAAUGUCGAUAGCACUCCAGAAUUGUACUUGGCGAAUCCUGUAAGUUCCUUGAAGUUGAAACUCCACAUGAGUCAGGACUGGGCAGCUUGGCAGCGAGUGAUGGAGGCUCCUCUGGCUGCAGAUCAAGUCCAAAUGCAGAAGCGCCUCUUAGGGCUCACACCUCGACACUUGAGCUUACAGCGAGCAGCCCAACGAUUGCAAUCCGUUGUCAAGUUCUACGAUUUUCAGCCUGCUUCCUUUUUGAAAAACAAAAAGCACUUAAGGCUAAGUUCUUUAGACUGCUAUCACAUGGGCGUGGCUCUAUUUGAGCAGCAGAAUUACGAAGACGCAGCUAAAUGGUUGACAGUUGCUGCAGAGAAUUACACUUCUUCGCCUCUCAACGAUUUAAUUGGGAUUCCCCAUUGGCGUGUUUAUGAAAUGCAGUUCGAAGCGCUGCUCAAAAUAGAUAAGAAAUAUAGUGCACAUGUGGCAAUAACCAAUGCCUUAAAGUUAGCUCCAGCAAAUGAGCAACUUUUGGAAAAGAGACAACGUUUGAAAACUGAUGAUCGAUUAGAAGAUUCCAAUUCCAAUCCACCUGUUGUGCUCAGUGAACUGCAGCAACAAUGUAAAAGCAAGCCUAGGCCGAAUAAUACCUUAAGCUGCCAAUAUAAUAAAAGGAACACGGACUUUAUUCGAUUGGCGCCGCUGGCAGUCGAGGAUCUGUGGAUAAAUCCCGAUGUAAUGCUCUAUAAGCAAGGGAUUUACGAACGCGAAAUUCGCCACAUUAAGCAAGCUUUUAGAAGCUGCCCGGAGAGUCACAAGUUUGCAGAGGAGCCUGGAUUAAAUGGAUGCCUGAUUCCAAUUAGCUAUAGUCCAAGAAUCCGGCGUAUAUCGCAACGUUUGCAGGACAUGACAGGACUCGAUGGAGCCAUGGAUGGUUUUUUUGUGUUGAAGUUUAGCAACUCAGAUACUUUUCGACUCUUUCAACUGAAAAUUUUAAAAGAAAUAAUUCAGGAGGAUGUGAAAGCUACAGCGAUUGUAUUUUUAAACAAUGUUGCUUUUGGAGGCGUUCUUACUAUACCAAAUAUUGAUGUCGUCGUCAAACCAAGUCGCGGAGAUGCUUUGAUCACCUUUAACGAUGGCAACUUUAAGCACACAAUGUGUCCCAAUGUUGUGGGAACUUCAAUGGUAAUUAUUAAGCUUUUCUUUGAAGCGGGAGUGGAUGAAAUGGAGCUUGAUAAACUGCAGUUACUGGAACAAAAUGGAAAAUUAUUGCUGAAUAACUACGAAUACAUCGAUGAAUUGCAAGAGAAGCCAAGCACUUGCAGCAGCCACAACUGGCAGCCAAAGGUGAAGAGGAGGAUUUCCUCUCCCAAUCCGAUGAACAGUUUGUCGCUUAUAAGACAAAUGCAUUCAGAUUGGAAUCAUGUGGAGAAGUUGAUGGAACAACCAGUUGGUCAAAAACAAAUGGAUUAUAUUCGGCGAAUGAAUGAGCGAAGACCAAAUCAGGAAAAUGUUGAGCAAGCUUUGGUUGCCAUGCAUCGCAUAGCUUCAAGUUAUGAGCUGAAUUCUGCUGAUAUUGCCAGCGGAUUGCUUGACGGCAUGCAAACAGAUGCCAGACUUUCACCACUCGAGUGCUAUAAAAUGGGAUUGCUAUAUUACAAUGGAUCGCUUUAUUACGAAGCAAUCGAGUGGCUGGAAACAGCCAAAGAGUUAAUGGAUAAAGCUCCAGCUGAUGUAUACAAUCUUUUGGAUCUAACAAGAAGCGACAUCUCUCAUCUAUUAGCUCGAUGUUUCAUUGCUUUAGACAAAUUGGAGCUUGCUCGCAAAGUUCUUCUGGCAGAACCAGAUUUGAGUUCCACAGCCGAACAGUUGUUGGAAUAUUUUCAGGAAAACAAGCCUGAAGAAGUGGAGAACGAUAAUUUGAUUGCAUUUCAUGAAAAAACUGCACAACUCUGUGGCUCUUCUUAUAAACCAAAACCCACGCGACUUUUGUGCUCCUAUAAAACAUCAGGAAAACCUUUCCUUCGACUGGCUCCCUUUCAAAUGGAACAGAUCUCAGAGGAUCCCGAUAUAUUUGUGUUCCACAAUGUGAUCUCUAGCAUAGAGAUUUCAAUAUUAGAGCGAGAAACGGAAGCAUUUAUGCUGCCUGCAAGGGUACUUGAUAAUGGGAAGUCGGUGUUGUCAAAUAUACGCACAGUGAGCAGCGUUUGGUUGCCCAAUAAAAAAAUGUUCAAGGCAACUCAAUUCCUGAUUACUCGAAUUAGACGGCGAAUAUCGGAUUUGUCCGACUUGAAUGAUAGUUAUUAUUAUUUGUCAGAGGUGCUGAAAUACGGUUUUGGUGGUCACUACAGCUUUCACAAUGACUUCGUGAAUUGUUCAGUAUUCACCGACGAUCGCGUUGCCACCGUUUUGUUGUAUCUCAAUCAUGUGCCCAGUGGCGGUGGCACAAUGUUUACUCAGCUAAACUUAACAGUGCAGCCGGAGCCUGGCAAAGCUGUUCUCUGGCAAAAUUUGGACGUGGAAACUUUUGACUUUGAGACGCGUAACGAACAUGCAUCUUGUCCUGUGAAGAUUGGCACCAAGUUGGCAAUGACACAAUGGAUACAUGAAAGGGAACAGAUGUUCACACGCCCAUGUUUGAAGCCUCCCAAAACACGUGUAUAUCCGGAUAAAUUGUGAUGAUUUUGUAUAGAUCCAUAAUA